AUGAAGUUCUCCACGACCAUCCUCGCUACCUUCGCCCUUGCGGCUGGUGUGAUGGCUGCGCCUACCGCCGAUGCUGAGGCCGCAGUGGCCGUCUGCUCCUGCUACGGCGGCUUCUGCGUUCCCGCAGGUUGCAACACCAAGAGAGAAGCUAAGGCUGAGGCCGAGGCCGAGGCCGAGGCAGAUGCAACUGCGUGGGCGGCUCUUGUGGAGAAGAGGGUGUGUUACUGCUAUGGAGGCUUCUGCACUCCUGGAUGCCACUAG